AUGGUGGCUGUGAAUUAUGUAGGCGAAGAACUUUGGAGUUUCUACAAUGCUCCGUGGGAAAAGCGUGUGGACCUUGCAUGGCAGCUAAUGGAAAUUGCUGAGCAGCUCACAAAUAAUGACUUUGAAUUUGCACUUUACCUCUUAGAUGUCAGCUUUGACAACUUUGCAGUUGGACCUCGAGAUGGAAAAGUAAUCAUCGUUGAUGCUGAGAAUGUCUUGGUAGCUGAUAAAAAAUUAAUAAAGCAAAAUAAACAAGAAAACUGGGAUGUAUGGUAUGAAAGCAAAUUUGAUGACUGUGACAAAGAAGCAUGCUUAUCCUUCUCAAAAGAAAUUCUUUGUUCUCGAACUACAGUGGACCAUAACUACUAUGCUAUUUGCCAGAACCUCUUAUCUAGACAUGCUACCUGGCGUGGCACUUCUGGGGGACUCCUUCACGACCCUCCGGCAGAGAUUGCCAAAGAUGACCAUCUUGGGGCACUGUUGGACGAAUGUGCAAACCCAAAGAAAAGAUAUGGCAGGUUUAAAGCUGCUAAGGAAUUAAGAGAAUACCUUGCACAGCUAAGUAAUAAUGUGAGGUAG